UAUUGAUGAAAAAAAGAAACACCAAAAACAUUGAAGUCUGUUGUGUGUGAUUCAAAGCAGCAUUUUGGACGAUGGGUGUCGUCUGUGUUUAUGCAUACAACAUACCUGAAGGUAAGAGUGGACAGCAGGUAGUGGACGGUCUACAAAAACAGAUGGAGGUAAUUGGUGCGACCAAGACAGGCAAUUUCUGUGUGGAUUGUGAAACUUACCAGUCUCAUGCUCAAAACGCUCAGCAAAGGUCCAUUCACAUCUUACACAACAGUGAGCAGCCAGCAACUUGCUUUUCUGUCCUGGACACGGGGACUGUGUUAGUGUCGGAUAUGCUCUUUGACUUAAUUAUGAACACAAUGACUCAGGCUAAGUCAGGACGUGAAGCAUUCUUCCAACAGAGGAAAGGUUUCAAAAUAGAAUCUCGCGGCCAGCGUUAUGAGUUGGCCGACUUUGUCAUUAAGAUUGGUUCUGUGUCCCUUGUGGCAAACUUCAAAGGAGUGCUGAUAGAGGUUGAAUAUUGUCCUUGUCAAGUUCCAAGUGAUUGUUGGAACAUGAUGAAAGAACUUUUACAGAGCAUUGUGGGUAAUGCAGCCGAUAUGCCACCAUCAUAUAUCAAAAAUAAAAUGGACUCUCUGUAUACCCCAGCAGAUACUAUCAACCAGUACUUGGAACAUUUCAAUGCUUUUAGAAAGACCGCCACCCCAGGACAGCAGAACAGAUGAUGGUUUCACCAGAUUAAAGUAAUAUCAAAUGAUCAGGAACAGAGUAUGUUUUUGAAUGAAUACAUCUGAAACCCAAAAUAAUGAUAUUGAUUGAAUUAAAAAGUUAAAUAUAUCAGUUUAUUAUUAAGCAUGUCGUUAGAAUAGAAGUACAAUUACUGUUUCAAAGGGAAGUAAGUUGACACAGUUUAUAUGAUAUUUAUUACUUCGCUUGCUGUAAAGGAACACCUUACUAUUCAUGUUUGAAAAUAAUGAAAUUAUGUAUCGAUGAAUAGUUAUCCCUACAUAUCAUGAACAGCUACUAUUAAACAGUGUCUUGUCCCUGUUAAUACAAAGCUAUCAUGUGCUCUCAUCUAUAUCAGCAAUGCCAUGGUUAGUGUUUGUUAGGUCACAUAAAUCAUGAUUUUUAUACUUGAGGUCUGUUUAUCCAGGCAGCUAUCAAAAUUUCUUUUAAAUAUUGUUAUCAGUUAUAUUGCAAAUUUUCUCAUACCAUAUGUAAUCAUGAUCUUUCCAACUUCAACGAUUUCCCUUUCAUUUUUUUUUAUAAAAUUCUUUGGAUAUAACUUUCCUGAUAAUAUUUCCACUAAAAAAAGAUGUGAUAUGUUUACUAUAACUACAUAGUGUAUGAAUAUGAUUACAAAAUGUCUAUUGUUUUGAUGCCCAUUGCCACAGACAAUUGGCAGAAAUUUCCAUAUAUGGUAUUGAUAUAGUAUCAGACAUUGUAACCCCUCAGAAGGGCAAGCUGGAGAAUAUAUAUAUAUAUAUAUACAUGUAUUUUCUUAUUCUACAGGCUGUAGAUCUUUUCGACACAUACUAUACCUUACGAAAGCUGUUCUAUUUUUCCAAUUCGUGUUUGAUGAACAAGACUAGCAAGUAUUUACCAAGUUAUGAAAUUUAGAAAUAUAUGAAGAAAUGGCUAGAUAGAUAUAUGGAGUUCCCUGUCCGCGGCCAAAUGCUGUCAUCAUACACAAUCUGUACCGUUUUUCUUUUUUUUUUUUUUUUCUGUAAAAAAAUUAAUGAAUGCUUUUCAUUUGGGAAAGAC